UAGUCAUACGUCCACGUGUCCGUUCCUUAACAAGCGUGUGCACGCUGAUGGAUGUGAGGCUCUAUGCGGCAACAGAAAGGAUGCCAGGCUGCAAUAUAGCCCCGCACCCAUCAGCGUGGCCACGCAUGUUCAGGACAUGACAUGCGGACGUGUGAGUGUGCCAUCUGAUCGGGGCGAGAUGAAGGAGUUUCGGGAGCAAGAAUGCAUGCGUUUCAUUGGCGAUCACUCGCACCGAUCAGAUGGCACACUCAGACGUCCACGUGUCACGUCCUGAACAAGCGUGGCCACGCUGAUGGAUGCGGGGCUCUAUGUGACAAAGGGGCUCUAUGCGGCAGCAUAAUGGAUGCGAGGCUCCAAUAUAGCCCCGCGCCCAUCAGCGUUGCCACGCAUGUUCAGGACAUGACAUGCGGAAGUGAUGGCUCCCACCCGUUGCAACCACCGUGCGGGCCGCUCUUGUUCAUCGCCGUCCGCGCCGACAGAACGCGUCUCGCAGGGGCCAUCGUCCAGUGGGUCGACGAUGGCGAACACAAUUUUAAGUUUACGUUGAAGAAGCAUUACAGAAGUGAUGGUUCUGUCGACGACAUCGCAAAGGGAUGCAAGGUUGCCGGGAGGAUGUUCGGCGGGUACGGCCGUCGUGCGAUGUCUUUGCCUCACUUUCUCCCGCUAGUGCCGGGGCACGACGAGGCUGUUCACGUCACAGACUUCCUCAAGGUCUGGGCGAAAUUUGGUACUUCUGUAAGUGCCGUGGACGUCGGACUUGGAACAUCGAUCAGUGGUCCUGUUGGGUUCGCAGGAGGAGAGUGCUCAGAAAGGGAGAUGGGAAGUCAGGGUGGCCUACCAGCUACGCCUCUUGAUCAAGAGGUGGGCAUGUCAGACGACUCGGAGGACGACCAUCCGCGUGCUCCUUUGAAACCAAGCUUGCAUGUAUCUCGCCGCCAAGGUUUGCUUGGGGAUUCGACGCCACAUGGAGGCAGCGAUGGCGAACGGUUGCGACAGGGCUCAGAAUCGUCGACUCCUCGUGGUCUGGUCGAAAGGAUUGGUUCGUUCGUUCGUGGCAUGCAGGUGGCCGAGGUUUCGCCUGGAGAUCGAGCGGGUGGGCCGCAGGUUCGAGAGGUGCAUGGGUCAGAUGAGACGACUCGCCGGGCCCGACCAGCGCCGGGGGAACUGCAGACGGAGUUGAGGGAGGAACGAGAAGCAAGUGGGAACGUCGCCGGUGAGGAGGAGGUGUCCGAGCAGGGGCUGUUCCGUGAGAGAUCGGCUGAAAAGACUCAGUCGGGAGGCAAGCGCAACUUGCCGGAUGAGGAAGAGCGAGAGGGACUAUGUGCUCUGAAAAGGGAGAGAAAGGUAGGAGGGAGUGCUCGGACGCCAACAACACGAGAGGGCAGUUCCGUUGAGAAGAGGAAAAGGUUUGGAGGUGGGUAUGAAACGCCAAAAGACUCGUCGACACAGCGAAGAACCGGUGAGUCUUUCGGGAAAAGGGCGAAAUCAUCGAGGGGGAAGAAAGCAAUCGAGGGCGACAGCGGGGAAGGGGAUGACGACAUGGAGAUUAACCUCAACGCCUCUAACCUCGACAAUGCAUUCUUCCGGGAGAUGCAGACAGGGGUGCAGAAGGACGUCGUGUUGCACAUCCAUCCCGAAAGAAUAUUAGUUAUUCCAGACUGGGAAGACUCGUACAACCACCGAUCCUUGGACGAGUUCCUCGUUAAUACCAUCGCGUCAGCUAUGACCGACUGCUACGAACGUAAAGACAUGAGAUACACGAAGCCCAUUUUCGUUCUCGCUCCGAUCAUCGCGCCUCCAGAGAACGGCGAGCCUGUUGUGCGCGUGCUGCCUGCUGACUUCGACAGCUCACACCCGGAGAAAUACUGGGGGAAGCCAAAGAAAGGCGCGGAGGAGAAAACUUUCUACGUCCAAGUUCCAGAGCCGGAUGUCCACUGCUGGAAGGAAUUGGUGGACUUGACGGACCGCGAGAGGAAAAGGCUGUUGAACGGUGUCUUGAACCUUAACGUCGUGUGGGUUCAAACGAGUAGCAAAAAGUUGGCGGAGCAGGGGAAGUUCAGUGUCAAGGAGAUGGUCGACAUAAUAAAAAUGGACCGUAUUAUGCUGAGGUUGUGGCACUACGUGGAGUUCGAGUACGAGAAAAUGGAUAAGCGGGAGUGGAAUGCCAACUCCACGUUCUUCAGGUCCAAGAAGCAACUGUUCGAAGAGUUCAAGGACAGAGGUCUCGACGACAAGCUUUGGGAGGAGAGCAGGAAAUUUUUCACGGACACCACAUAUGUCAACAAGUGCCCUCAGUUUCUGAGGUGUCAACACGACAACAACAUCAAGAGAACGGCGGCCCUCGUCAACGACCAGCAUUUCCCGGCGGAGUGGAAGUGUGUCGUCCUUUCGGUGAUCACUGGAGAUCGCGCCAAAGGCAAAAAAGGCCCUCGGGGCGUUGAUGAAUGCAUCAACAUUAUGUGGACAAGGACAAGCGCCUUGACGACGCUGGCCAAGUUUAACGUCGACCCAUUGACAGCUAUAGAUCAUAAGGAUGCGCUGGGAAAACUAGGGCAUGAGCUACGCUCCCACAAUUGCGUGCUUGACUUAUGCGGUGCUGUGGACCGUGCGCAAUGGGACUCUGGGGCAUUCGCCUUCUUUUCUUCUGUGGUGUGGCGGAUGCCGUGCUUGGGCAAGCCGCACGUGCAGAUGGUGUGGAGUCUGCUUCAGCAGGGAAGGCACGUCUUGGCCGUGGAUGGGGACACAACGCAGCUCGAAUACACCGUGCAGUAUGUCACUCAUGAAGUGUCGUCCAAGGCUUACCCAUGCGAUUUCCAGCAUGUCGUGGUCGAGCCCGUUUAUGACCCGAACAAGGACAUGUUCCUCAAGUUGACUCCGAAGAAAAGGCGCCAGGUCUACUCGUUCCUUUACGGCGAACAACCAAGGUUGAGAUUUGACCCGCAGUACGUGGUGUGGAAGGAAGUCGCCAUUGCGGUCCUCCGGGGCUACCACGGAGCGAGUCGGGCCGGCGCUGUGAGCUUCAUUAAGAGGCUGGAAUAUGUCUUUUUUAACGAGGAUGUUGUCGAUCCGGCCGACUUCACUUUGGAUAAGUACAAGCUGGCAUUCGGUGAGGAGGACGACUUCAAUAUCGAGACUGAGCAGGAGGAGAGCGUUGAGGACAACCUCUUCGAUUUGGACGGGCAAUUGGCCAUCUUCAACGCCCAAGUUUCUGAGUCGCCAUCAGUAUGCAAACCGGGGACACCUCUCGCUACACCUACCUCGGGCGGUCCCACGCCCGUGUCCUCCUCAGCGCCUGUCAAGAGGGGUGGGUUGUCCUGUCUGAGGAGUUCGCCGGGGGAGCCUAUUCGUCUCACACCACAGCCCGAACGUCUUCGACCCGGCCAUCCAGUUCCUCCGGACCAUCCGCAUCUCAAGGCUCCUGCGACUCCCUUCCACAUGGGCGACAAACACACCUUCUCCACAGCCGAAUAUUGGGGCCAUGAUAUCGUGUGGCACCCAGACCAUUUCCAGCCAGUCCUUCUCGACGGCGAAUGGGCAGUGGCUGUGAGGGACGUAAGUGGAGGGUGGAUAUAUGACGAUCGUUGGGGCCUCGAGACAUUCAAAUCUCGCGCCUACGAUGCGGUAUUCGAGAGAUUAAGUGAGGUCAAUCGAGGAAAUAAGGACGACCUUGCUCUUCGCGAAUACGGGGACACGCUGUUCGAGUUCUUGCAGUCAAAUAAAUGGUUGGAAGUGUCCUCCGCGUUCUACGCCCUUCCGUCAAGCCCGUCAAUUAAGCAAGUAAGUUGGGAGUUGCCUGGGGUCACCCCGCCGGCAGGAGCUGUGAAGCGCAAGUCUCGCGGAAAGGACGACGACGAGGAUGGUGAAGGCAGCGGGCAACGAGGUACCGGAAGUGGAAGUGAACAGCGUUCGACAAAACAGCCGUCUCCGGGGCACACAGGCGGCGGAGAGGGGAAGAAGGGCAGCCGGGAGAAAAAGAAGCCUCACAGCGAAGAGAAGACAAAGCAUCACAGAGGAGACGGGCAGGGGUCCGAUGUCGACCGCGACAAGGACGGUGGGGUUCUGGCGGUAACAGGCAGCACCUCAAUGGAGACGGGAAACGACUUGAGGCCUGGGUGUAUUACGCGGCCUGGCGAGCAGGACCCUGUGAUUAGCUCCACCAACGAAACACAGUUUGUCGAUGCGGUUGGCGGGGCGGGUGAAUUUCGGAUUAAUUCGAAUCGCGAAGGCCUUGUCAUCGAGGGAGCACAGAUGUCUACAGAACUCGAACGGGUGGUCCGGGUUUCCGAAAACCCUGGUGACGAAAUUCGGAUUCAUCCGAACCAGGAAGCCGUGUCUGCCAUGACAGACGAUCGGUGUCAGGAUGCUGUAAUGCUGUGCGUGGAAGCCCACAAGGAUCUGCAGGCGGACUGCCGGACUGAGGGUGAGUUGGCGACCAGUUCCAAUGUCGAGCCCAACACACUCGGAGCUGAGUUAGCAGUCAUUAGCGACUCUCCGGUGAAAGCGGUCAUGUCGGCGUCAUUGGAAACAGCGGGGGCUCGGAUGAAUCCGAACCAGGGCCCUGUGAACAUCUCCCUCCCUGAUGCAUCUUUGGAGACGACCGUGAUUCGGAUUCAUCCGAGUCACACGGACGAAGGACUUCAACUAGCAGGCGUUGAGGGUUGUCGACUACUGAUGAUUUUGGACAAGGACAAUUCCGCCGGCGACUGGUUUGAUCCGACACUCAGCGACGUCGGGAUGGAGCUACCAGUUCAGCCGGGAUAUGACGAUCCCUUGUACUCCGCCCUUCACAUCGAGGCGAUGGGGGAGGACGUUUUGAAGAAGGCCUCUAACGCUGUUGGAGAUAGAUUUCUCUAUUUGAGUGGCGAUGACAAAAACACAGCGUACAGGGACAAGAAGUUAAGGGGGGGAGAGGUGUUGUUGGACAUCCAUGGGACAUUGAGCCCAACACAAUACGACACAGUGGCAAUGGAGAAAACACAACGUGUCCAUGUUGUGGACGUCGACGAUCUUUGUCCAGAGACGAAUAUACCGUCUACGGUCAUCGACGCCGACAUCUCGAGCCUGUCAAGUUUCCAUGUGGGUUUGGAGCACGUCGUCGCCACGUCGACGCGCGCAGGGGUGCCAAUCGUGUUGGGACUGCCGUCGGUGGGCUCUGGUGAAGUGGUAGCUAGGCCUGGGUUUCCUCGAGAUGGAAGAGCGGUCCUUGAAGACGUUAUCUGCUCUCGGUUGCCGCUCACUAUCAUCGUCGCGCGUUUGCCGUCGCACAGUUUACAAGUAUCCGUCAAGGACAUCGUCGCACUCGUGGAGAGAUCCGGGGAGCUCAACGAUGAGGUUGUCAAUUUCUACAUGGCGAUGCUGUUGGACGACUGCGGCCGGACUGCCGCUACCAUGAAGACAUACACCUUUAACUCCUUCUUCGCCUCUUCACUGCUUCUGCGAGGUCCGGCAGCUGUUCUCAGAUGGGCUAAAGAUGUCGACCUCCUGUCUCAUGACCUCGUCUUGGCACCAGUGCACAAGAACGGCGAACACUGGAGCCUUUUGGCGAUUGACUUCUCUAGACGUGUUUUGUAAAUCUAUGAUUCUUUCUCGUGUUCGUCAUCCAAAGAUUCCUUCUACUCCGCACUUCUGGAUAAAACUGUUAAAUUUUU